AUGGAAGAGAAUGUGUUCAGCGUGCAGCAGAUCCAGCCCAACGUCAUCUCGGUGAGGCUCUUCAAGCGCAAGGUGGGCGGCCUCGGCUUCCUGGUGAAGGAGCGCGUCAGCAAACCGCCCGUCAUCAUCUCGGACCUGAUCCGGGGCGGGGCCGCCGAGCAGAGUGGCCUCAUCCAGGCUGGGGACAUCAUUCUAGCCGUCAAUGGCAGGCCCCUGGUGGACAUGAGCUAUGAGACGGCGCUGGAGAUCCUGAGAAGCAUCGCCUCCGAGACCUACGUGGUCCUCAUCCUGCGCGGCCCCGAGGGCUUCACCACUCACCUGGAGACCACUUUUACGGGCGACGGGACGCCCAAAACCGUCCGUGUCACCAGACCCCUGUGCCCGGCUCCGAAGGCGGUUGACUUGUCCAACCCAAGCGUUCCCGGCAAAGAGCAGCCACUGCCAGCAGCCAUGGGAUCGCUGUGGACCAGGGAAAUGGGGAAGGAGGUGCAGCCCAUGGUCCACGUUAACGGCGUCGUUCCCGGCAGCAAAGGGCCGGACGCCGGCAAGGGCAAGGACAAGGACGGGGCUUGUGGUCACUCCUGUCUCAACGGCGGCGUGGAAGACAACGAGCUGCUCAAAGAGAUCGAGCCCGUCCUGGACCUGCUGAAGAGCAGCAGUAAGGACAGCGAUGGAGAUGCGCCCUCCAAGGUAGAGACACGGGAUAUAGAAGUCCAGGUGGACUGUUUCAGGGAAGGGGAGAACAACCCCCAGAAAGCUUUGCCGGCUCGGAUGGAGAACGAUCGUGUCCUGGGGGACCUGUGGGGGAAGAGCAACGUCCCCGUGGUCCUGAACAACCCCUACUCCGAAGCAGAGCAGCCGCCGCCAGCUGGGCGCCAAUCCCCGACCAAGAACGGGAGCCCUUCCAAAUGCCCUCGCUUUGUGAAAAUCAAGAACUGGGAGACGGGCUCCGUGCUCCACGACACCCUGCACCUCAAGACUGCCAUGGCCACGGCGUGCACGGAGCAGAUCUGCAUGGGCUCCGUGAUGACCCCCAGCCCCCACAUCCGCAAGUCAGAGGACACCAGGACCAAGGAGGAGGUGCUGCUCCUGGCCAAGGACUUCAUUGACCAGUACUACUCCUCCAUAAAGAGAUCCGGCUCCAAGGCCCACAUGGAGAGGCUGGAGGAGGUGACCAAGGAGAUUGAGGCCACUGACACCUACCAGCUGCGGGACACGGAGCUGAUCUACGGAGCCAAGCACGCCUGGAGGAACGCGGCGCGGUGCGUGGGCAGGAUCCAGUGGUCCAAGCUGCAGGUGUUCGAUGCCCGGGACUGCACCACGGCCCAUGGGAUGUUCAAUUACAUCUGCAACCACAUCAAGUACGCCACCAACAAGGGGAACCUCAGGUCUGCCAUCACCAUCUUCCCGCAGCGCACAGACAGCAAGCACGACUUCCGCAUCUGGAACGCGCAGCUGAUCCGCUAUGCCGGCUACAAGCAGCCCGACGGCACCGUCCUGGGGGACCCCGCCAACGUGGAGCUGACCGAGAUCUGCAUCCAGCAAGGCUGGAAGGCUCCGUACGGGCGCUUCGAUAUCCUGCCCCUGCUCCUCCAGGCCAACGGCAACGACCCUGAGCUCUUUGAAAUCCCACCAGAGCUCGUGCUGGAAGUGCCCAUCCGACACCCCAAGUUUGAGUGGUUUAAGGACCUGGGCCUGAAGUGGUACGGGCUGCCAGCCGUUUCCAACAUGCUCCUGGAGAUCGGGGGCUUGGAGUUCUCCGCCUGCCCCUUCAGUGGCUGGUACAUGGGCACGGAGAUCGGCGUCCGCGACUACUGCGACAACUCCCGCUACAACAUCCUGGAGCAAGUGGCCAAGAAAAUGAACCUGGAUAUGAGGAAAACGUCCUCGCUGUGGAAGGACCAGGCCCUGGUGGAGAUCAACAUCGCUGUGCUCUACAGCUUCCAGAGUGACAAGGUGACCAUCGUGGAUCACCACUCGGCCACCGAGUCCUUCAUCAAGCACAUGGAGAACGAGUACCGGUGCCGGGGGGGCUGUCCCGCCGACUGGGUCUGGAUUGUCCCGCCCAUGUCGGGCAGCAUCACCCCCGUGUUCCACCAGGAGAUGCUCAACUACCGCCUGACGCCCUCCUUUGAGUACCAGCCGGACCCCUGGAACACCCACGUCUGGAAAGGGGUCAAUGGGACACCCACCAAGAAGAGGGCCAUUGGUUUUAAGAAGCUGGCAAAGGCUGUGAAGUUCUCAGCCAAGCUGAUGGGCCAAGCCAUGGCCAAGAGGGUCAAGGCCACCAUCCUGUACGCCACGGAAACGGGGAAGUCCCAGGUCUAUGCAAAAACCCUGUGUGAGAUCUUCAAACACGCCUUUGAUGCCAAGGUGAUGUCCAUGGACGAGUACGACGUGGUGCACCUGGAGCACGAGACCAUGGUCCUGGUGGUCACCAGCACCUUUGGCAACGGGGACCCACCUGAGAAUGGAGAGAAAUUUGGCUGUGCAUUAAUGGAGAUGAAGAAUCCCAACUCCAACCUGGAGGAGAGGAAGAGCUACAAGGUCCGGUUCAACAGCGUCUCCUCCUACUCGGACGCACGGAAAUCCUCCAGUGAUGGCCCUGACUCCAGGGACAACUUCGAGAGCACGGGGCCCCUGGCAAACGUCAGGUUCUCUGUGUUCGGGCUGGGCUCCCGGGCUUACCCCCACUUCUGCGCCUUCGCCCGCGCCGUGGACACGCUCCUGGAGGAGCUGGGGGGAGAGAGGAUCCUCCGCAUGGGAGAAGGGGAUGAGCUCUGUGGCCAGGAGGAAUCCUUCAGGACCUGGGCCAAGAAGGUCUUCAAGGCAGCGUGUGACGUGUUCUGCGUGGGGGACGACGUCAACAUCGAGAAAGCCAACAACUCCCUGAUCAGCAACGACCGCAGCUGGAAGAGGAGCAAGUUCCGCCUGACCUAUGUGGCUGAGGCCCCGGAGCUCACACAAGGACUGUACAGCAUCCACAAAAAACGCGUCUAUGCAGCCCGGCUCCUCACACGCCAGAACCUGCAGAGCCCCAAGUCCAGCCGCCUGACGAUUUUCCUGCGCCUGCACACCAACGGGCACCAGGAGCUGCAGUACCAGCCCGGGGACCACCUGGGCGUCUUCCCGGGCAACCACGAGGACUUGGUCAAUGCCCUCAUAGACAGGCUUGAGGAUGCCCCUCCGACCAACCAGCUGGUGAAGGUGGAGCUGCUGGAGGAGAGGAACACAGCUCUAGGUGUCAUCAGCAACUGGACAGACGAGAACCGUGUCCCACCCUGCACCAUCUUCCAGGCCUUCAAGUACUACCUGGACAUCACCACGCCUCCCACCCCGCUGCUGCUGCAGCAGUUUGCUCUGCUGGCCACCAGUGACAAGGAGAAGAAACGUCUGCAGGUCCUCAGCAAGGGCUUGCAGGAGUACGAGGAGUGGAAGUGGUCCAAGAACCCCACGAUCGUGGAGGUGCUGGAGGAGUUCCCCUCAGUGCAGAUGCCCUCCACGCUGCUGCUCACCCAGCUGCCCCUCCUGCAGCCUCGCUACUACUCCAUCAGCUCGUCCCCAGAGAUGUACCCAGGAGAGGUGCACCUCACCGUGGCUGUGGUGUCCUACCGCACCCGAGAUGGAGAGGGACCAAUCCACCACGGAGUGUGCUCCUCGUGGCUCAGUCGGAUCCAGACGGAUGAAGUGGUGCCCUGCUUUGUACGAGGUGCCCCCGGGUUCCACCUGCCCCAGGACCCCCAGGUGCCCUGCAUCCUCAUCGGCCCCGGCACCGGCAUCGCCCCUUUCCGGAGCUUCUGGCAGCAGCGGCUCUUCGACAUCCAGCACAAAGGGCUGAAGCCGUGUCCCAUGGUGCUGGUGUUUGGCUGCCGGCAGUCCAGGAUCGAUCACAUCUACAAGGAGGAGACGCUCUUUGCCAAAGCCCAGGGUGUCUUCAGAGAGCUGUACACGGCCUAUUCCCGGGAACCCGACAAACCAAAGAAAUACGUGCAGGACGUGUUACAGGAGCAGCUGGCCCAGACCGUGUUCAAAGCACUGAAGGAGCAGGGAGGCCACAUCUACGUCUGCGGGGAUGUCACCAUGGCCGGGGACGUCCUCAAGGCCGUGCAGCUCAUCGUGAGGCAGCAGGGCCAGCUGUCGGCCGAGGAGGCAGGAGCCUUCCUCAGCAAGCUGCGGGAUGACAGCCGGUACCACGAGGAUAUUUUUGGAGUCACCCUGCGCACGUACGAGGUGACAAACCGCCUUAGAUCCGAGUCCAUCGCGUUCAUCGAGGAGAGCAAAAAAGACACGGAUGAGGUUUUCUGCUCCUAACUGGACCCUUCGCCCCCAGGGGAUGCCAAACCAGUCCCAGCACCUGCUGCCCCCCUCCAGCUGGAGGGCACUGGGUUUUGUAUUUCACGGACACGGUGGCUCCUUUCCCAGGGGAACUGCCCAUGGAAAGCGCUCUGUCUCUCGUCCUGUUGUCGUGUCCUGAUGAUGAUGAUGAUGAUGAUGACUUUUAUUUCCUUUCCUUCCUCCUUCUCUUACUCUUGUCCUGUGGCCAUUUCUUUUCACCUCCUUCCCCUUCCCUGGAUUUCCCCACUGGAGUUCGAUGGCUUUAUAACCUGCAGUGGCUCUUUUCAGAAUUCCACACUUCCCCUCCUUCCCAUGAGGGCAUUUUGCAGCUGCAUGAAAUCACCACCUUUGUGAUCAUUUUUGGGAGUUUCUGGGGGUGAGCAGAGGUGGCAGGGGCUGGGCAAUGGCGAGGUCUUGUUGCUUGUCCAGAGCUGGGGGUUGUUCCUGCCAGGCUCCCUCUUUCCCCAGCUCGGGGCUUGGCUGAAUCCUUGUGUUUUCGUGGCUUUUCUCUGGAUUUGGACAAACCUGGGCACAUGCCCAAGGCUGGGGGCAGAUGAUGGGCAAUUCCCUUGAAUUUUAUUCAUCCCCAAGCAGCCUGGGUACAGCUGUGUGGUUUUUGAUCUGAUUUUAUGUGUCACGAUU